AUGUAUUCAAAAUUGUUAACUAUAUUGUUAUGGUUUUUUCUUCUUCUCAAUCUAACAACAAAGGCGCAACAAGAUCAAUCAGUAAUCGGUUUUGAACCAUCUUCAAUUAGUAUUACAAUCGGUGACAAAUAUUCAGUUAAUGUUCGUCUUUUAAUUCCAGAUAUAAUUCCACCUGAUGUCUUCGUAUCAUUUCUUUAUAAUAAUAAACUUUAUGACCCUCAGGGCUACAUUGGAAUCUUACCAAAUAUAACAUUUACUAAACGAACAGGUGAUGAUCAAAGUCGAGUAAUAAUAGUAAAUGGUCUUCGUCAAGGGCAUCUUAUUGUAACAGCACAAUCACCACAAAUUAAUAUAUCAUCUGCUUAUGAUUUUCUUCUUAUUGAUAUCGCACGCAGUAAAGCAUUAAAUAUAUUAAUACAACUUGUUGGUUGGGUUUAUUUUUUUGCUUGGUCUAUUUCUUUUUAUCCUCAAAUAGUAUUAAAUUUUCGUCGUCAAAGUGUUGUUGGGCUUAAUUUUGAUUUUUUAGCAUUGAAUGUUCUUGGACAUUCAUGCUAUUCAAUAUUUAAUAUAUGUUUAUAUACAUCACAUGAUAUUCAACAGCAAUAUUAUGCUAAUCAUCCACAUGGAAUUUUACCUGUAUUAUUUAAUGAUGUUUUAUUCAGUGUUCAUGCUGUGAUUGCAUGUUUCAUAACUGCUGGUCAAUGUGUAUUUUUAAAACGUGACAAACAACGUAUAACUCCUGUUAUUCGUACAUUUGCUGGUGUAUUAAUUCUAUUUUUGUUCAUAUCAACAAUCAUUUCAUUUACCAAUCAUUUAUCAACAUUAACAUUACUUUAUUUCUAUUCUUAUGUUAAAUUAUUAAUAACAAUGGUUAAAUAUGUUCCACAAGCAUUAAUGAAUUAUAGACGACAAUCAACUGAAGGAUGGUCUAUUGGUAAUAUUUUACUUGAUUUCACCGGUGGAUUAUUAAGUGUAUUACAAAUGUUUUUACUUGCGACGAAUUAUAAUGAUUGGUCAUCUAUAUUUGGUUCACCAACAAAAUUUGGUUUGGGAUUAUUUUCUAUAUUAUUUGAUAUAUUAUUUAUUGUUCAACAUUAUGUACUUUAUCCAACAAAUAGAUCCAUUGCAAGACGAACAAAUCUUUCGACCAAUAGUGAUAAUGAACGUUUACCUAUUUUGUCUGCACAAUCAUAA